AUGGACGAGCUCUGCAUCGAGGGCUGGCUCCACCGGUCCAAGAAGGGCGAUCCCACGCAGCGGGAGCGACGUUACUUCUUCUCGAGCGGCUUUGCCGUCGAAUACUGCAAGACGCCCGACCGGGCCAGCCGCACGGGCAAAUUCGACCUCCGGAUGGUGGAGGAGCUGGAUGAGCCCGAGCCAGGUAUGCUGUUUGUCCGAGUGAAAGGCAAGACACAUCCGCUCCAUGUCUUUCUUCCGAGCCCGAUGGAGGCGCUGCAGCAGGGCGACGGAGCCGACGCCAAGGCGUGGAGGAUGCUGUGGGCGAGCGCGGUGGAUGAGAGUGUCGUCUCACUGGCGCUCGAGUCGGCUCGCGACACCAACCUGGCGGAGCGCUUCACGAUGCUGCGCGAGGAGAAGCGGCAGACGCGUGCGCUCCUCGCCAAGCCCUUUGCAUGGGACACCGUGAGAGGGAGGGGCCGGUCCUUCAUUCUCUCGCCCGCCGACGGCGAGGAGGCGUCGGUGCUGUGCAUCCCACUCGAGGUGCUGGACGCGAACGCGGACAUCGUGGCGCCUGAGACCCCGUCUAGAUCCGAGGCCAAGACCGCCGCCGCUGGCGCAGACAGCGAGUGGUCCUUUGCAGAAGUUCGCUUCGUCACCAUCGGCGCCAAGGAGUUGGCCGACAUGGUGGACUGGCCCGUCGAACAGCAGAGGUACACGCUGCUGCUGCGCGAGGGCACCUCGGGCUUUGAGCCGGACGACAGCACGCCUCAGGGAGGCCUCGCCGGCUAG